AUGAAAUCUAUUACAUUCACGAACGUUCUAUUGGCGGUAUCGCUUCUUACCACCAGUGUCGCCGGCUGGUCGUAUAACCACAAAACCGUAAAGAUAAUCCAACACUGCACCACAGCAUACUGCGACCAAAAUGUCCACCCACCACAGUCCUACACAAAGACCAUCCACAAAACCACCAAAUCCGUGGUCACCAUUACCCCAAAACCAAGCACUUGCUAUACCACGAAGAAGGAUCAAACAAAGACAAUUACUAAGAAAUAUACGAAGACUUAUACCGUAACUUCCAAAUGUAGCACACGAACUGUAUACGAACCUUUCAUUGUCACUGCUACUCGGACCAUUUCCAAAACUAAAACAUUAACAAUUUCGAUCACUGUUACAACUAUUACUCCGGACUCGACGGUGGUUCCUAUCCCGCCUGGAUUCGUCAGCGCCGGUGAUGACCCAGAUAAUCAAUACACUCUAUCAUCCGAAGACGAUGGCCUCGAGAAAAGACACAAGAAAACAUUCUACCCGACCUCCGUGAAAUGCACCAAAACGAUCCAAAGAAUCUACAAACACACCAUCACUGCUAAAAGACCCACAACCACAAUCACGAAACCAGGCAAGACCAAAACCAAAACCAUCAAACAAACCAAAAAGGUCACAAAGACAAUCUACCAACAAAAGAAUAUCAAAACCACUACGAUAACCCAUAUCAUAUCCACUAGAACCACUACGAAAACCAAAACCUCCACAAAGACUGUCACAAAAAGAGUCACCGCCUUUGCCCCUAGGAUAACUACCUACGGAGCCUGCGGACCACAUAAUCAUUUCCAAGGUCCAUCCGGUAGUAGUGUGGAUGUUGUCGUUUUACCAGAGGAUCCUAUAGUACCGGCCAGAAUUGCUUAUGACUGCUGCGCACAGUGUCACGAGCAUGUUAGCGCACAGGGUGUACAUGAUUGUGCUGGUAGUUAUUUUAAAUUUGACACGGUAAAGUUGACGUCUGUUUGUCGGUUGAGGUUGACGAAUUUUUGUAGUUAUGAUAAUCAUUUGAGGUUUAAACCUUUGAUUGAUCCGUCGAGGGCAGGUGGACAGGCGCUUGGGAAUGGGCCGUGUGGGAGGUGGAAGGUUCAGCUUUGA